AUGCAGCCCAAAACACGGACUCCUAGGAGCAAGACCACUACCUCACCAGACACUUCAACAACCACAACCGUGACAGUGCAGGUGAACCCUCUCGAAGUCGAUCCAUAUGACGAGUUGCCUGGGGUGAUUGAAGUGGCUCCUCCGAUUCCGCCCCAUCCAAACAAGAUGGAUCAAUCAGUUUACGCCAACUUUUACGAGAACUAUCCACCAGGUGGGACGCUAGAUGGUCGCAACGGGUUGCCAUCCUCUCGAAACCCCACUGUCCUGCCUCGGUCUGCAUCGCCAAAGACAGAGGAGGGUCAGGCCAAAUCGGUUUCAUUUGCAACUACUAAAAGUUAUGCUACUACUAAUACUUCCACCCCUGCCACCACUGCUGCUGCUUCUGCUGCUGCUGCUGCUAAUCCGUGUUUGACUGCGGAGUGCAACAACGAGAAUCAUCAGGUAAAAACUUUGAUAGCCCCUGAGUUGUCAUUUCUCCAUACUUAA